CCCCCCUGGAUCACGCUUGUUGUCAGUGGCGCUUCACCAUCAAAGCUACAAGUGGCUCAAAAAACCCUAAUUUUUAUACUCUUUAUUAUGUGUAAAUGAUAAAUUAUCACCAGGCUGCGUGUUUCUGCGUGGCGCCUGAAUGGUUGAGGGGUUUUAAACAUGAGGAGACCCCCGGAGCCGUGGCACUGACGUCCCGUUAACCACCGCUGGAAGUCGGACUGCCUGCUGCUUCCCUCCCGCUGCCGGCCCACACGGAGCAUCCGCUAAUCUCACGCUCUUUAAAAGGGCUCACUCACAGACAUGCUCCCACCGUCUCGUCAGGACUAUGUGUCUAUUAACUUAUCGGGGCAGAGAAGUGGAAGCUACAACAAUGGCAAGCAGUGGAGGAGGCAGUCCUGCUGGAGGAAAUGGAAGCAGCUGUCCCGGCUGCAGCGGAGUCUCAUCCUCUUCACCCUCGUCCUCCUCUUCAUCUGCGGGAUGGCUUCAUUUCCCACCGUCAGUGAACACCUCACAGGCCUUCCACAAAGAGAACAGAGCACAGAUGGAAACCUGCUAAAGCCCUUCGUCAUCCCACAAAUGCCUCCUGAGCCAGACAGAGUCAACCAACAGAACCAAGUGCCAGAACAGCCCUCCUCACAGAGAAAACUGCCCAAUAAGCGAGGGCCGCCGGUGCUCAUAAACCGUCAGCAGAAGAGAGGAAACGCUUCAGCGGUGGAAGACAAAGCAGCUGAGAGCAAGACGGGAGGCGGAGACGAGGAGGAGGGAGUCAUCAGCUGGCACGGAGCUGUGAUCGAUACCGAGCAGGGGACCGAGGGACCCAAGGACGGAGAGAACAAGGACAAUUUACCCGUCCACCAGGAGCCCAGACCCACCAACCAGUCAGAGGCCAACCGGCUGGAGGUGGUGCGGGACGCCUUCCGACACGCCUGGAAGGGCUAUAAAGAGUUUGCGUGGGGCCACGACGAGCUGCGGCCCAUCUCCAAGUCGUACAGCGAGUGGUUCGGUCUGGGGCUGACGCUCAUCGACGCCCUGGACACCAUGUGGAUCCUCGGGCUGAAGGAAGAGUUCGAGGAAGCGAGGGCGUGGGUCUCCACGGAGCUCUCCUUCAACAGAAACGUGGACGUCAACCUGUUUGAAAGCACAAUUCGCAUCUUGGGCGGUCUGCUCAGCACGUAUCACCUGACCGGAGACUCCCUGUUCCUGGACAAAGCCAAAGACAUCGGCUCCAGGCUCAUGCCGGCCUUCAAGACCCCGUCGAAGAUCCCCUACUCGGACGUUAACAUCGGGAAAGGCACGGCCCACCCGCCUCGCUGGACCUCCGACAGCACGGUGGCCGAGGUCACCAGCAUCCAGCUGGAGUUCAGGGAGCUCACCCGCCUCACGCAGGACCCCCAGUACCAGGCCGCCGUGUCCGAGGUGAUGAAGCAGGUCCACCAGCUGGAGGGGAAGCUGGACGGUCUGGUCCCCAUGUUCAUCAACACCAACAGCGGGCAGUUCACCCACCAGGGCAUCUACACCCUGGGGGCCCGCGCUGACAGCUACUACGAGUACCUGCUGAAGCAGUGGAUCCAGGGGGGCAAGACCGAGGACCAACUCCUGGAGGACUACCUGCAGGCCGUCGAGGGCGUGAAGAAGAACCUGCUGCAGAAGUCUUCGCCCGGCGGCCUCACCUUCGUUGGGGAGGUCUCACACGGACAGUUCAGCCCCAAAAUGGACCACCUGGUGUGUUUCCUGCCGGGCACCCUGGCCCUCGGGGCCCACAACGGGCUCCCGGCGGACCACAUGGACCUGGCUAAGGAGCUGAUGGAGACCUGCUACCAGAUGUACGUCCAGAUGGAGACGGGCCUCAGUCCGGAGAUCGUCCACUUCAACAUGCACCAGGGCAGCAUUCGAGACAUCGACGUCAAGCUGGCUGAUAGACACAACCUGCUGCGGCCGGAGACGGUGGAGAGUCUCUUCUACCUGUACAGGUUCACCAACGACCAAAAAUACCAGCAGUGGGGCUGGGAGAUCCUGCAGAGCUUCAACAAGUACACCAAGGUUUCCUCCGGCGGUUUCACCUCCAUCAACAACGUCCGGGACCCGGAGUACCCGAGUCCCCGGGACAAGAUGGAGAGCUUCUUCCUGGGAGAGACCCUCAAGUACCUGUACCUGCUGUUCUCCGAGCAGCCCGGCCUGGUCAGCCUGGACCAGUACGUCUUCAACACUGAAGCCCACCCACUGCCCAUAUGGCCUUCCAGUGUGUGACACACACACACACACACACACACACAGCUCUCAGGGUCGGUCUCAGGCCGCAGUGACUCCUUGAUGGGAAAAGAGCCUCUCUUUGUUUUCUAGUGACUGAAUCUCAGUUUAAAAAGAAAAGAAAUCCAGAUUGUGAUUAUUUAUUAGUUUUGAUGCAGCGGAGCAUAAAAAAACCAACAACCUGAUUGUGGCUUAAAUCGAAGCUGUCUUAAUCUCAUGAACUCACACCGGCGCUGGCCGACGAACUGGAACCCGCUCUUUUACCUGAGGAGAACGCAGAGCGAGGCGUGCUCCUCAGCGAGGGCUGCAGGCGGCAGCUUCUGUAGCAAACCUCCAUCUGAAGAGCCUCAGAGCUGCUCUUCAUCCUCAGAGCUGCUCUUCAUCCUCACUGUGGUUGUGUCCGUGAAGCAUUCAGGACACUCAGGAAACGGGAGCUUCAGAAUUGAGAACCGCUCUCACAGUGCAGCGUGAUCAAUGGGAAGAGGUCGGAGGUCAGAGUCUGGUGACUCAGUGUUCAGGUGAACAGUGUUCAUCCACAGGAAGGUGUUUCUAAACAAGCAGCUUAGCUUCAGGCAACAGGAAACAGCAGGAGCGCUGUAAAUGUUGUAGUCACUAUACCGGGCCACUAGUUGGUGCUGCUGGUUGUUUUUGUGAUGAAGCCACACACACCUGCACAGAGAAUAACUCUUACUGUCCAUCCACUGGCGUAUGUGCAGAGGAACUGCUUCCUGUGGCGCUGGUGCAGAUGUGCAGCAGCAGCGUUUCUGAAAAGUUCUGUUUUCAGCAGCUCAUGUAAACAACGCAAUAAAACUUUUCUGUUUCCUUUGAAAAUGUUGAGUAGUCGAGCCCUUCGAACUCAUGAGCCACUUCCAGUGCCAAGAAUAAAACACAAUUUAGUUACUGUUUUUAAACAUUUCGUGUGAAUUUUAAAUGAUGAAAAAAGAAAACACUACAUGAAAGCAUUUUUUUAUUUAGCAAGCAGAAGAUGUUUUAAAAAAUGUUGUUUUCACAAUAAUGUCCAGACUUUAAUAUGUCAGUUAAUUUUGUAUAAAUUCUGAGUAUAAAAGCAGUAAGAUGUCCUUUUCAGCUUUCUGUUGAGUUUGAUGCGCAGAGAAAGAGAGAGUGUCUAAACCUACAGCAGCUUCUCUUGAAAAUGGUCCAGGAUUUCCUCAAAGCAGUGUUCAAUAGAAAAGUCUGAAUCAAACCUGAAGAGCUGAAAGUGUUUCAGCCUCGGUACCUGGAUCCGCAUGAGGAGUCCCACCGUCCCUCAUUGAUCACGUCUCAGUCUGAAGAUGCGGUUCUGAUUCAGUAUCUUGUGUAAUAUAUUGAUUUGUGUAUAUUUGAAGCAGCUUUCUGUUGAGUUUCAGUCAUUCCUGUAAAUAUGGCCUCUUCUCCUCUCCUGCUUCUCUCGUUUCUUUUCUGUUCUCGGUAAGAUCAGGCUGCAGAACAGUGUUACUUUUGCCUCACUGCUCCGCUGAGGUGAUUUCAGAUGCUGGAGAUCAAAGUGUUCACCGGUUUUUCUCGAGAUACGAGGAGCAGGAAAAGAAAAUUCUUGUCAAUCUGUGAACUCUUAAAGUCUCUGAGCACUUUCUGAUGUUUUGGUUUCGAAGCAGAUUCCUUCAGUAUAUUUCCUUUGAUUUGAUGUUGAGACCAAACUGUUGUCGUACUUCCUGUUUUUCUUUGUUCUCGUCUGUGUCGUCUCACGUGUGCCUUCAACGUUGCUUCAGACAACAUUCAAAAAAGCUAUUUCUUCUUUUUUUAGCUCCAGAAAACCUUUUCAGGAGCCGUGAUAUUUUUGCAGCAGUCCUCAGAAUAGAGUCCAGAAUACGAGGACUGAAUUAUUUUAACGCGGGAAAUACAGUCUUGGUUCGAUCCACAGCCACGAAACAGACUCAAAUUCAUUCAAUUUAAAUACGAUUGAACAAAAAGUUUUACGUAAAAAUACAGCAAAUAAGAAAAUUCAGCUUUUUAAGAUCCGUUUUCUGUAUUUAGCCUCAAACCAAAACUCUUCAGCAGCUUCAGCCUCUCUGAACACUUGAUUUCUUUCACACAAAAACUGAUGAACUGAAAUAAAUCUUUUCCUGAGAUUUGAAGACGUCGGUCCAAAUGUACAUUUCACUUUAGAUUUCUGUUGUCUGUAUAUUUAAAUCCACAUGCAUUUCUAGUGUCAAAGCUGGCCCCACUUCACGACCUACUUGUGGGUCACAGACCACCAGUUGAGAACCACAGUCUUGCCAUAUGGUGUUCAAGGCCUCAGUAGUCUGUUUACUCAGCUCAUAAAGAAACAAAAAGCUCAGAUUUACUCAGUUGAUGAACUUAAGCCAGGAUCAGUAUCGAGUAUUGGAGCCGAUAUCUGGUUAAAGGUCCGAUAUCAGGAUCAUUAUCGGUACUGAGCUGAUAACAGGGAAGCUAAAUGCUAAAUAGCAAAGAUCCUGAUGAUGCUGAUGAUGAAAGGCUUGAUAUAUGGUGUGUGUCCAUAUCGGGGACAGCGUUUAUAAAUCAUUGCUUUAGUGUUUAAACAGUGUUUUUCUUUAUUAACAUUUCAAUUUGGUUCGAAUUUCGGUUCAUUUGAUCCAUCCUGAGAUUUUUCAUGCAACUCUAAAGACGUGACGUUUUCUAGCUGAAUGUUUUCAAAGAGUUCAGUUCUUUUUUCCUUUACUUUUUGUGUUGUGUGUCCGACCGGAGGUGUUUCUGUGAAUGUAGGACGUAGCAGAUCUUCUCCUUCAGAGAUCUCAUAUCAUCCAAACUUUGUGCUGCAGAUUUUCUCUUUAUUUAUUUCAGACCUUCCCACGUGUUUUGUUGGUGUAAAACAAAUGCUGGACCGGCUUUAAUUUUGUAAAGAAAAAGAAACAAAUGGGAAAAAAAUAAAAAGAUUUUAUU